AUGUAUCCAACUCUUCAUGUAUCCAACACCGCAAGUAUCCAACACAACUUUGUAUCCAACACAGCACGUUCCAAAUCUGCAACCAGAAACCUGACCGUGUGGACGGACCCCAAUAGAAAACCUGAAAGUCAGAAAUGUUUACAAAGAUGUGUAAUAGUGCAGAUUGUGCGGCAUCCAGAAUACUUACAGGUGAGAGCGGAGAUAAGGGGCGCCAGGUGUGGAGAUCAGAGGAGCAAGGUGUGGAGAUCAGGGGAGCCAGGUGUGGAGAUCAGAGGAGCCAGGUGUGGAGAUCAGCGGCGCCAGGUGUGGAGAUCAGGGGUGCCAGGUGUAGAGAUCAGGGGAGCCAGGUGUGGAGAUCAGGGGAGCCAGGUGUGGAGAUCAGGGGAGCCAGGUGUGGAGAUCAGGGGAGCCAGGUGUAGAGAUCAGGGUGCCAGGUGUGGAGAUCAGCGGCGCCAGGUGUGGAGAUCAGGGGUGCCAGGUGUAGAGAUCAGGGGAGCCAGGUGUGGAGAUCAGGGGAGCCAGGUGUGGAGAUCAGGGGAGUCAGGUGUGGAGAUCAGGGGAGUCAGGUGUGGAGAUCAGGGGAGUCAGGUGUGGAGAUCAGGGGAGCCAGGUGUGGAGAUCAGGGGAGUCAGGUGUGGAGAUCAGGGGAGUCAGGUGUGGAGAUCAGGGGAGCCAGGUGUAGAGAUCAGGGGAGCCAGGUGUGGAGAUCAGCGGCGCCAGGUGUGGAGAUCAGGGGAGUCAGGUGUGGAGAUCAGGGGAGCCAGGUGUGGAGAUCAGGGGAGUCAGGUGUGGAGAUCAGGGUGCCAGGUGUGGAGAUCAGGGGAGCCAGGUGUGGAGAUCAGGGGAGCCAGGUGUAGAGAUCAGGGUGCCAGGUGUGGAGAUCAGGGGAGCCAGGUGUGGAGAUCAGGGGAGUCAGGUGUGGAGAUCAGGGGAGUCAGGUGUGGAGAUCAGGGGAGCCAGGUGUGGAGAUCAGGGGAGUCAGGUGUGGAGAUCAGGGGAGUCAGGUGUGGAGAUCAGGGGAGCCAGGUGUGGAGAUCAGGGGAGUCAGGUGUGGAGAUCAGGGGAGUCAGGUGUGGAGAUCAGAGGCGCCCGAUGUGGAGAUAAGUGGCACCAGAUGCAGAAAGCAGGAGCCUAGUGACUGGGGAUCAGUGAUCUCUGAGGCUCUGACUUUUGGUUUCCUUUCUGGUAGAGGCUCCACGGUUUGGUUUCUGUUUCCUGGAGACAUCUCUCUAAGAAUGUGGACAAUCUCCUCCAUUGUGUAAAGAUCCUGCCCCAUCACUUCUGAGUUUAGGUAUUUUCCGUAGUUCCAGAAACCUUCUACAUUUACCUCUAUAGCCCCCCCCCCCCACCUAGAGAGGAGUGAAGCAGAGAGGAGUCUGUCCUGUGCCGCCCUCUGAGCUCUCACAUGUCACUACUUCAUGUCUUGUCAGUAACCUACAGUGUAUAUUAAACAAGAUGCCCCUAUAACAAUACCAUAUAAAUAUACUGCCCCUAUAACAAUACCAUAUAAAUAUCCUGCCCCUAUAACAAUACCAUAUAAAUAUACUGCCCCUAUAACAAUACCAUAUAAAUAUACUGCACCUAUAACAAUACCAUAUAAAUAUACUGCACCUAUAACAAUACCAUAUAAAUAUACUGCACCUAUAACAAUACCAUAUAAAUAUACUGCCCCUAUAACAAUACCAUAUAAAUAUACUGCCCCUAUAACAAUACCAUAUAAAUAUACUGCACCUAUAACAAUACCAUAUAAAUAUACUGCACCUAUAACAAUACCAUAUAAAUAUACUGCCCCUAUAACAAUACCAUAUAAAUAUACUGCACCUAUAACAAUACCAUAUAAAUAUACUGCACCUAUAACAAUACCAUAUAAAUAUACUGCCCU